AUCUCUGUAGGUACUGUCGAAUAUCUGCAUACAGCACAUAAUAUAAUAAAGGAUGCGUUUCAAACGCCCAUUGUAGUCCGCAACUAGCCCCCUUCAGGCUAUUGGAGACAGAAGGGACAAUCUUUGCGGGCUUUUGUGUCACAACAACUGCUGAGGAACAGGUGGUUGGGCAGGUCUACUGGACACUCCGACAUAUGCUGCAGAGAAAAACGUCAUCUACCAGAACACUCGUAGUGAAGAGUGAGCUUGACUUGAAGUAGAAGUGGUUGUAUCUGAACCUGAGGAUGUCGAGUUGAAAACAAACAUGCUUCUACACCAAAUGACUGAUUACUGCCGUAGCAACCCUUGAAAACAAGUUCCCUGACACUAUUCUCCAAAGAAGUAACAUGGCUAGGUUUGUCACCACUAUUCCAGUCAUUCCAGUCAUUUCAAAACAUCAAUAUCAAGAUGAACAAAGUGAAGACAUCUACGAAGAAACAUUUCCAUUUCUGCAUCCAACACCGGAUCCGGUACAUGGCAAUCCGAGAGAGGAAAGCGGUAUCGUAGACAUGAACCGACAGAUAUGCCUCAACGUCAGUGGCCUCAUGUUUGAGACUAGGGAAUACAUUCUACAACGUUAUCCAGAUACGCUUCUCGGAGAUAAAGAACGCAGGCAGGGGUUUUACUGUCAGGACAAUGACGAGUACUUCAUAGAUCGCCAUCGGCCGAGCUUCGAAGCAAUCUUUCGCUACUAUCAAACAGGAAAAAUGACCCGGCCUCACAGUGUUCCCAUGGAUGUGUUCUUCAACGAGUUGAAGUACUUCGAUAUGGGCCAGGACGUGAUUCAAAACUUUCUGGAAACAGACGGUUGUAGUCAAAAAGUCGACCCGUUGGAAGUUGAUGUCUUACCGGAGUCUGAGCCACAGAGAGCCAUCUGGAUUGCCUUCGAAUACCCCCAGACCUCGCUGGCGGCACGAAUUGUAGCUUUUAUUUCGAUAUCCGUUAUUUUUGUAUCCAUUGCUGCCUUCUGCGUAGAGACAAUACCGACGUACAGCGAGCAGAAUGUGUUAAAGUUCGGUCAGGAUGACACACUGUCCGAUCGACUGACAACGGCGUACAGUAGCAGCUUCUUCCGCGUGGAAACAGCUUGUAUUAUCUGGUUCUGUUUCGAGCUGGUCAUCCGCUUCUACGCAUGCCCGGACCCAAGGACAUUCUUAAAGGACAUUUUGAACAUUUUAGACCUUGUUGCCAUCCUGCCAUACUUCGCUACCAAUAUUCUAAUAGUCGCGAACAUAGAGACAUCGGGAAGCGGCGCUUUGAUCAUGAGAAUCCUUCGUGUCGUUCGGGUCUUCAGGAUUUGCAAGCUCACUCGCCACAUCACAGGCAUGCGCCUAAUCAUCCUAACCUUACUCGCGAGCAUGGGUUCCGUCAUCAUGCUUGUUUUCUUCAUGUCUAUUCUCAUGAUUCUCUUUGGAAGUAUCGUGUAUUUUGCAGACAUGAAUCACGCUGAGACAGACUUUCAAAGUAUCCCGGAAACUUUUUAUUGGGCUGUAUUUACCAUGACGACGGUAGGCUACGGUGACGUGUACCCAAGAAGCCUUGGUGGGAAGUUAGGAGGGCUGAUGUGUGUCCUGUGUGGCUUUAUUGUCCUCGCGAUACCUUCACCCGCCAUUGUCGCCAACUUCAACAGGUUCUAUCUCCGACGCAAAAACGUCCUGCUCAGUGAUGAAGAUAUCCGAGAGAAAGAGAGAGAAAUGAGAAAACAUAGCACACUAUGGGACCGGUUUAUCAAACGCUUCUCCAACAAAGACACACAAGAGGAAAGGGCAACUUAAGACAGGACAUUUCACUAUUUUACUCAAGAGAUCUAGAAUUGACGACUACCCAGAGAACUUUCAACCUGAAAAAGACAAUUUACUAGCGUGGGAGAACCAUUCCGACUUUAUUCAGUCAUAGUCAUAGUCAUACGGUGUAUUACAGCACCGACUUUAUUCAGUGAAUUAUGAUGUAUGUUAAAUACACACUAGGUACUACGUAUUGACUGUUGAGUAUUAAUUUGGGUUACAUGUGUAUCAUCAUAUUCUUUUGCUUGGUGUUGACAUUACUUACUGGGUGUGUUGCAGAGUGGAAUGGUUAAUUGAUCGUUCAAAAUGAAUAGGAAAAUGAAUAGUUGGCAUCCUAGGCCUGUAACACUGGUAAAUCAACUUAUAUCAGUCAAGAUGUAGCGACAA